CCGAACGAAAUUGUAAAUUGAAUUCUUAAAAAUUUUCAACUCUAAGGAAAUUGAAUACCGAAAAAAUAUAAAGUUUCAUUACAAUGGACGAAGAAAAUGAGAAUCCUCUACAGUUAUUGCUGAAAAUGCGCGAUGGUUGUGUGGAGAUGAACGAAGAAUUGUGUGAUGAUCAAUAUGAAAUCGAUGAAAUUGAAAUCGAUCCCCAACAAUAUUAUCAUGAAAUGUAUUAUACUGCCAACAAUAAACGUUCAUCGUCGAAGCGUCAACAAUCUUCGGGAUCAACACGGUCAAAAGUUCGUAAAAUUUCAUUUCAAGAAGAAAUCGGUGCAACCGAUAUGUUAACAUUGGAAGAACAGAAAGAAAUUGAAGAACCAAUUGAGAUAGAUAUGCGCAAUAUUUAUAAAACAUAUGGUAUUAAUCCGAUUGAAACCAAGCAAAAAUUAUUUAGAAAAACUUCAAACGAUAUAAUUAAUUUUUCAAUCGGAGAAGCUUUUAUGAAAUUUGCACAUGGAAAAAAUGACGAAGCUAUUAGCUUGUUGUUCGAGGUGAUCCGUAUGAAUCCUUUAAAUCCAGAACCAUAUGAUGCAUUGGGCGAUAUAUAUCGCCGAUUAGGAAAUUAUAAUAAGGCACUUGAAUUCUAUCUUUUAGGUAUUGAAUUCAAUCAAAACGAUAGUGAACGAUGGGCCGAAUUGGCCGAACUAGCUUAUUUCAAUAAGAUGUAUAAAUCUGCAUUGAAAUUCUAUACGAAAGCUGUACGACUCAGUCCACGCACCCUUAACUAUUAUAUUAAAAAAUCAAACAUAUUCGAAGAAUUAAAACAGUAUGAAAAUGCUUACAAAACUUAUGAGAAAUUGAUGUCCAUUUUAGAGCCGGAAGAUUACAAGAUUAUCAUUUCGAUUGCAUUCCGUAUUGCUAACUUGUUGCUAUUUCAAUUGAAUUCUCCUUCUGAAGCGUUAGCCAUCAUCGAAAAUAUUAUUGUUCAACAUUCGAUCGAGCAAGAUUCGAAUAAAUUUGUUUCGUUUCGUUUAUAUCUGGCCAGUUAUUUCGAUUUGUUACUUACAAAUGGUCAGAUCGAUAAAUUAAUCACUAAAUUUAUCAAAUAUAAUUUGAUCAAAACGGAACAACUUGAUGUCAUUGAAAAUGUUGAACAAUGUCGCGACUUUAUUUUCGAUAAUUUAGAUGAAAAUCUUUUCAACACCAAUGACAUUGUAUUACAAUCAAAGUUAAUUUGCGCUUGUUUAUACUUUGAAAAACAUCGCCACAUGGAUGCAAUAAAUAAAUUUUAUGAUAAAUUUUCUGAAAUUGAAAAUGAAACUGCACAAGAAAUGGUUUACAGACCGAUAAUUGUCGCUUUAAUGAAUGCGAAUGAAUAUGAACAGGCUCAUGUUUAUUCGGCUAAAUUGGUAAAAAAUUUUCGUUCAUCAAAAUAUUGGUAUUGGUAUGGUUUAUGUCUAAGAAAACUUGGCCGCGAUGAAGAUGCAGUCGAAGCUUAUGGUAAUGCCAUACGUUAUGAUCAACAUAAUUACGAUGCUGUUAAUGAAUUGAGUGAUUUGUGUAAUCGUAUUGGUAUACCAGAACGUGCACUUGAUAAGGUCAAUCUUGAUCAUCUAAAAGUAGAUAUUAAUCUAUUGAUGAAUCGAUGUGAUCUUUUGUUUGUUUGUAAAAGAUGGGCAGAAUUUAUAUCACAUUGCCGAUUAUUAUUAAGCUCCAAUUUAUAUUUCAUCGAAAAUUGGCGUGAUUUGGCCGAAUUAGUUGCACGAUCAACUACAUCAUUCAGUCUUAGGAAAUCGGCACGAUCAUUGCGUAGAAAAUGUUCCCUUAUUAGCGGACGGACCGAAUUGAUUGGUGGUCGUCUGAAUAAAGAACAAUUUUUUGAUUUUUGGAAAAAAUCCAUAUUUGUUUUGCUAAACUAUCUCCAUGAACAUGAUGAAGCAGUUCGUUGGGCAUUUUCUGGUCUAAUGUCUUCAUAUAGCCAUGAAUUAAUGCAACCAAUUUUAUUGAUUACAUUCCGUACUUGUAUUGAUGCUAAAGUUCGUCGAUAUACAUUCUGGUUGGGAAAAUUAUUAAUUAAAGAAUUCCGUAAUAGUGGUAAAUUAUGGUAUGCAUUCAGUGCAAUGUUAAGCAGUAUUUAUCAGGAUUAUCGUCAUAAACGAUUCUGUAUUCGACUUUGGUCAGAAUCACCGGAAAAUGUUAAUAUUCUAUUAGUAAAUGGUCAUAUUGCAUUCGAAUCAGGACGUUAUCUACAUGCAUUGGCCAUCUAUUUAAUGAUCUAUCGUAUGCGAACAUCGUAUCGUUAUGAUUCAUUUCAUGUUGCUCUUGCUUAUAUGCAUCUCAUCUGUCAGAAACAUACUUUGGAUAAAUGUUCAUUGUUUAGUCAAAUGAUUGCCUUUCUUCAUGAUUACAUGCUCAAAAUUGGAAAAUGUCAAGAAACCUAUUACAAUCUGGCUCGAACAUUUCAUCAACUUGGAUUUAUCCCUUACGCUAUUGAAUUAUAUCAGGCAGCCCUUCAAACACCUCUUAAAGUGCAUGAUAACCGUUUUGAUCUCUCACCUGAGAUCGCAUUCAAUCUAUCACAGAUUUAUCGAAAUUCAGGCAAUCAUAAUCGUGCUAAUGAAUUGAUCUCAAAAUUUUGUACUAUAUGAAUGUAAUUUUAUUUUUUCCAUAUUUUUAAUCAUUGAUAU